GCGAGGGGCGCAGCAGCGCGGGGCUCCGCCGGGAAGAUGGACGAGUUCCAGACGGGAGAGGAGACAUCUUUUGUUGUUGAUGAAGUCAGCAGCAUCAUUAAAGAGGCCAUAGAGGGUGCUAUUGGUGGCAAUGCCUACCAGCACAGCAGAGUGAACCAGUGGACAACAAGCGUGGUGGAACAAACCCUGAGCCAGCUCACAAAGCUGGGGAAGCCCUUCAAGUACAUUGUGACCUGUGUGAUUAUGCAAAAGAAUGGUGCUGGGCUACAUACAGCAAGCUCUUGCUUCUGGGACAACUCCAGUGAUGGAACCUGCACUGUGAGAUGGGAGAAUAAGACCAUGUACUGUAUUGUCAGUGCCUUUGGACUUGCAAUAUAAUUGCCUUGAAAUUGUUCAUUCUUCUCUUUUUUAAUCCAGCACUUGAUUCCAUCUCCACUCAAACUGUGAAUACCUGAACAACUUGUUUUUAAUGGAAUUUUUUUAGUAACUUUUCUUCAAAGGUAGAAAUUUGAAAACAUGCUGUUACCUGUUUUAUGUUUGUACCUAGUACCAUACCAGUGUUUUCUAUACUUUUUAUCACUUCAAAACUUCUCUUCAAGGUGCUAAUACUGAAAUCUGCUGCAGAAUAAACACAUUCUCUGGAUUUCUUUUCUUAUACCAAUAUAAAUAAGACACUGACUUUCACACUUUGUACUUUUGGUUAGCAUUAAAUUAUUGAAAU